UGAAAUUAUGUGAUGCCUUUAACUCCAUGUAACAGAAGACAUGACACAAAUAAUCGACACAUUUGUCUUUCUGAAAGUGAUAUUAGUAACCACAAAACUCAAAAUUAGGGACCACCUCCACCUUAUUUAACAACUUGGAUAGACACAACGGAAGGCAAGACAUCAUACAAUAAUCACCUCCACCUCUUGCCCCACCAUGAACAUCAAGAAGACAUGGCAGCUCUUGAUGCUCCAUCUGCUCACUCAUAUCCUCCUUUUUCUCACAUCCAGCUCUCAACCUACCAACAACGAAACUUCCAACAAUGGCGAUCUAUCGGUGCUCCUGUCAUUCAAAUCCUUCAUAGCCAGUGACCCGACACAGGCAUUGUCCUCUUGGUAUUGGGACCGUGCUGGCAAUGGUACCAGCAAAAAGGUGCCUGAUUUCUGCAAAUGGAUGGGUGUAACCUGCAGCGACCGCCGGCACCCUGGCCGUGUCAGUGCCAUACGCCUGCAGGGCUUGGGCCUGGUCGGCACCAUCUGCCCUCAGCUCGGUAACCUGACCCGCCUUCGUGUCCUCAAUCUUUCAGCCAACAUCCUGGAAGGUGAGAUCCCAGCCAACAUUGGCCACUGUGCAGCACUUCACGCUGUGGACCUAAGGGAGAACCACCUCUCUGGCUCCAUGCCUGCUUCUCUGGGUCUUCUAUCGAAGCUCUCAUUUCUCAACAUCAACCAUAACAAUCUGACUGGUGAUAUUCCUAUGUCAUUCUCCAAUCUCACAUCCCUCACAAACCUUAGCCUGUGGAACAAUCACUUACAUGGCCAACUUCCAAGCUGGCUGGGCAACUUGACAUCAUUGACACACUUGGAAUUAAGCCAGAAUGGCUUCACUGGCCAUAUCCCUCCAGAUCUAGGUAAGAUGGCUAAUCUUGUUAGGUUUGAUGUCAUGGGUAACAAACUGGAAGGCUUAUUUCCUCUAUCCAUGUUCAAUAUUUCUUCCAUCACAGACUUCAACAUUGGCUUGAACCAGCUGUCAGGGUCUCUGCCACUUGAUAUUGGUUUUAAGCUUCCCAAGCUAAAUGUUUUCGCCACAUUUCUGAACCAAUUCGAAGGGCCAAUACCAGCAUCCUUGUCAAAUGCAUCUGCACUUACAUAUCUGCUUCUUGGCGGAAAUCGGUAUCAUGGUCCGAUUCCACGGGAUAUUGGCGUCCAUGGUCAUCUGAAGUUAUUUUCGUUAGGAAACAAUGUGCUUCAAACCAAAGAACCUAGGGAUUGGGAUUUCCUCACAUCCUUAACCAACUGUAGCAACUUGAGAAUACUAGACCUUGAACAAAACAACCUUGAAGGUUUUAUGCCUGUUAGUAUUGUCAACUUCUCUACAGAGCUUAACUGGAUUAAACUAGGUAGGAACAAGAUAGCUGGGACCAUACCUGCGGGUUUAGGCAAGUUCCAAAACCUUACAACGCUCGCUCUGCAGCAUAGCCUCUUCGCAGGCACCUUGCCUCUGGAUAUUGGCCAAAUUCCCAGCCUCCAGUAUCUUGACCUAUCACAUAGUAGAUUUGAUGGACAUAUUCCACAAUCAUUAGGCAAUAUCACGCAGCUGAGCAGCCUUCUUCUAUCUAACAACUUUCUGGAUGGCAAAAUCCCGCCAAGCCUUGGUAAUCUGACAAAACUUACAUCUUUGGAUCUUUCUGGUAACUCCUUAAAGGGGAAAAUCCCACAGGAGAUACUUAGUAUUCCCUCUUUGACUGUACUUGUCAACCUCUCCAACAAUGCUCUAAGUGGCUCCAUUCCAACACAGAUAGGGAAUUUAAAAAGCAUCGGCAUAAUCGACCUAUCAAAGAACAAGCUGUCUGGUGAAAUCCCAGACGCUCUCAGCAGUUGUGUCCAACUGAAUCUCCUAUACUUGCAAAGAAACAUUUUGCAAGGACAGAUCCCAAAAGGUUUAUCUGAUUUGAGAGGCCUCGUGAAGUUGGAUCUUUCUGAUAACAACUUAUCAGGUCCCAUACCUGAGUUCCUCGAGGACCUCGAAUUUCUAACUUUCCUGAACCUCUCCACCAACAACCUAUAUGGUCAUGUGCCUAACACGGGCAUCUUCUGCAAUGCCAGUGCAUUAUCGCUCACAGGCAAUAGCAUGCUAUGUGGAGGUCCUCCGUUCUUACAACUCCCUUCAUGUCCAUCUAUAGGUUCGCACCAGGCUUCACAGCAUCGACGUUAUGUCAUACUCUUUUGCACACUUGGAACUUUGAUCUUCUUCAUGUGCUCUGUAACUGCAUGCUACCUAGUGAAGACAAGAACCAAACCAAAUAAUGUUGAUCAAGAAGUCGGAUUUCACAAUGAGAAGCAUGAGAGGAUAUCCUAUGCUGAGAUACAUGCAGCAACAGAGUCAUUCUCACCGGCAAAUUUGAUAGGUUCUGGAAGUUUUGGCGAUGUGUAUACUGGAACUCUAUAUCUUGAUGAGAGUUUAUCUACUGUAGCAAUCAAAGUUCUCAAUCUUGGAAAACGAGGAGCUAACAGAAGCUUCUUGAGGGAGUGUGAAGCCCUAAGGAAGAUUCGGCACCGGAAUCUUGUCAAGGUGAUCACUGUUUGUAGCAGUUCUGACCGUAAUGGUGAUGAGUUCAAGGCACUUGUCCUGGAAUAUAUCUGCAAUGGGAAUUUAGACGAGUGGCUGCAUCCAAACACAACGACUAACAGCAUGACCUUUAGAAGACUUGUCUUGAUGGAAAGGCUAUGCAUUGCUCUUGAUGUUGCAGAGGCAUUGGAAUAUCUUCACCAUCAAAUUGAGCCAUCCAUAGUUCACUGUGAUAUCAAACCAUGCAACAUCCUUCUAGAUGAUGACAUUGUUGCGCGCGUUACCGACUUUGGUCUAGCAAAGAUAAUGCAUACUGAAGAAUGCAAGCCCAGUGGUGGUGGAACUGAAAGCAGCUCACUUGCGAUUAAAGGCACAAUUGGAUAUGUCGCGCCAGAGUAUGGAUCAGGAUCUGAAGUCUCUACAGAUGGUGACGUGUAUAGCUACGGUGUGUUGCUAUUGGAAAUAUUUACUGGAAGAAGGCCAACUGACAGUUUCACAGAUGGUGCGACAAGUCUCAUCAGCUACGUCAAGAUGGCGUACCCUAACAAUCUACUGGAAAUACUUGAUGUUAGUGCAACCUACAGCGGAAACACGCAGCAUAUCAUAGAUAUAUUUUUAUAUCCCAUGUUUAAGCUUGGUCUAGCUUGCUGCGAGGAUUCCCCAAGGCACAGAAUGAAGAUGAACGAUGUAGUGAAGGAACUGAAUGCCAUAAAGAAGGCAUGCUCCGCUCGUAUGCCUGUUCAUGGAUUUCAAGCAACCGCCUGAUCUGGACAAGCAAUGAAGUGUUGCAGUCAUAUCUGCAGCUCUCCUGUUGUCACUCCGUGGCAUCGUGUUUAGGGAAGUCUGCUUGCUGCGGUGAUUCCGAAGUCACCAUUUUACUUUCCAUUUUGUCAUCAUUUAUGUUUAUCUGUUUUCGUUUCUAGAAUAUGCAAGAGUCAUGGUGACCUUUUU